UGCAAACUCCGUCAACCAACACGCGACGGACUACAAUCGCCGGUGACCUAAUCUCUUCGCUAUUCUCCGCCCUCUGGCUGAUAUCGAAGAUAAACUCAGAAUCUUGACCACUUCUGUUAACUCUAAGAUAACUCAAAAAUGGACAACACCGUGAGCAUUAAGCAAGAAACACCACAGCCUCUUCCUCUAGGGAUCUAUGAAAUACCAGGUGAGCCUGCGGUUGUUAUCAACGGUGUCCCUGAUGAGCCUAAAACAGAGUCCAUAAUAGCCAAAGACGAACCAAAAUCAUCGAGUGCCGCCUCUAUAGGGUGUGGCGAAUGGCUUGAAGGUAGAGAAGUUCGGAAGUUUUUCUUGGGUCAGUACUAUUCCGGUACGGUGACAAAGUUCGACAAAGGCACUGGUUGGUACAUGGUUGAGUAUGAAGAUGGGGAUUCUGAAGAACUUGAUUGGUCUGAGCUUGAAGAAGUGCUUCUACCUAUGGACGUUACUGUACCACUGAGAUCAGUCUCGUUAUGGAUCCUUAAGAAUCGUCAGACACAGGCUCAAGCUUAUGGAUCCAUGCCGAAACGCUAUGAUCCACGUCAACGGAGUUUUGCUUGUAAGCACGUCGCCUUGAUCUUGUGUUUCGCUGUAAUUAUCAAACAAAUCUUUUUAUCAUUCACAUGUGUUGCUUUCAAACACUUAUGUUUUGUGUAUAAAUUAUGCAAAGCCACUACUUGCACAACACAUUUCACACAAAGCCUGAAAACAAGAACCAUCUUCGCAAUGGCUAGACUUGUUCUUCUUGCCCUGUUCUCAGCUCUUCUUCUUGCAACCAUCAUCACAACAUCGGAAGCUUUCUCAAGAACAGUGAAGGCACCAUAUCAAGCACAUAAGCCGAAGAAGCUAACCCACCUCCACUUCUACUUCCAUGACAUUGUCUCCGGAGACAAACCAACCACGGCCAUAGUCGCUGUAGGUCCAACUACAAACACAUCUGCAUCCGCUUUCGGUAUGGUUGUAGUCAUUGACGACCCUUUGACCGUUGGACCCGAGAUCACCUCAGAGGAAGUAGGGAGAGCCCAAGGGAUGUACGCAUCAGCCGACCAGAAGAAUUUAGGUUUGUUUGUGGCGUUUAACUUGGUGUUCACAAAAGGUGAGUUUUCCGGCAGCACGGCGUCGUUAUAUGGUCGUAAUCCGGUAAUGUCAAAGGUGAGAGAGAUGCCGAUCAUCGCAGGCACGGGUGCUUUCAGGUUCGGAAGAGGAUAUGCACAGGCCAAAACCUUUACGUUCAAUACUACGAGUGGAAAUGCUGUGGUCGAGUACAAUGUCUAUAUUUGGCAUUAAGAUGGAAAACUCGGUUGAAUACAAAAAGAGUGGAAUAAAAUGUUUUUUUUCUUCUAAUUUAUGUUGUGA